UUAUUAUGAUAUCACUACUACGUUGCUGAGCCAGACACAGCAGGACUGCACAAAUAUUUUGUGUUAAGAUAGCAAGUAGUAGAAGCUGCACAUCCAAACCACUUUGCCGCUAAUAGCGCAGUAAAUGUGAGAGUACAAUGCCACUCAAUCACUAGUCACUAGUUAAUUAAACAGAUCAAAUGUUUAGCACUGUCACACCAAGAAAAUGCACUGAGAAUACAAUUUCAACUGGUGACCAGUUAGACCUCACCUGAUCUCAUUUCUAUCACCACAUUUAUACCUUCAUAGUAGUUAGGUACCGCUACUCAAAAAAAGAGGAGCUGAUUGAAUCUUGAACAAUUCGCAGUUUGAAUCCCAAAACACAAACAUUUGUGUUCCUUUAUUAUGAUGGGUUGAAUGAAGGGCACAGCAGGACUGCACAAAUAUUUGUGUUAAGAUAGCAAGUAGUAGAGACUGAACAUCUAAACCGCUUUACAACAAAUAGCCCAGUAAAACUGAGAGAACGAUGCCCCUCGAUCACUAGUUAAACAGAUUUAAUCUUUAGCACUACUAACUAAGUACGCUACACUAGUGUCAAAAAACGUCUUACAUUAUGGGACGGAGGGAGUAACUAUCACACCCGGAAGAGGCGCCGAGAAUAGAAGUUCCAAUUGGUGAUCAGUUCGACCUCACCUGAUCUCAUUUCUAUCACUACAUUUAUGACACGAUAUGACAAUAUCAAUAGUAUCUAUAUGAUGUUAAAUUUGAGUCAUUCAUUUCCCUCAUAUAUUGUGAGAUAUGAUUCAUGCAGGGUAUAGAAAAACAAUCAUAGUGCAUUGAUCGUUGCGUAUCAGCAAGCACGUAUCUGGCCUCCCCGGUCGUACUGCAUUUAUUUGGCACAAAAUAGAUCUCUUGUAUCGUAUGCUACUUCAUACGCUAGAUCUCCAAGUGAUUAACUUUUGCACCAUAAAGGUUGCAGCACAUUGAUCACUCAUGCUGUAUAAAUGAAGAACACCGGGUGAUGGCCGGACAGAGACUCCAUCGCCAUCGCCUUCCUCAGUCGUGUAGGUUUACCUAGCUUCAGCAAUGCCGUCCUUGACCAAUCUCAUCAUACUAGUACCACUUCUCUUCCUUGCCACCCUCUCUCCUACACCUUCACUGUGCUAUAUCAGUCCAGCUGCCACAAGGGUACAACAGGGUUCUACAGGAACCUCUGAUUACCGCACUUACAUCGUGCUCGUCGAUCCACCUCCCUCAAGUGCCGGCGAAGUCGGGCAUCGUCGGUGGUAUGAGACUUUCUUACCGAGCUCUCACAUCGGCGAAUCUGGAGAGCCGCGUCUCCUCCACACCUACACCGAAGUGUUCAGCGGCUUCACGGCGAGGCUCACUGAUGCCGAGCUCGACGAGAUGGCCAAGAAGCCAGGGUUCGUGCGCGCGUUCCCAGACCGGAUGCUGCAACUCAUGACCACGCACACGCCGGAGUUCCUCGGGCUGAGGAGUGGCACCGGGUUUUGGAGCGACACACGCUACGGGAAGGGAGUGAUCGUCGGGCUCCUCGACUCCGGAAUCUAUGCAGCACACCCUUCGUUCGACGAUCAUGGCAUCCCACCACCCCCGACAAAGUGGAAAGGCUCGUGCAGGGAGGUCAGGUGCAACAACAAGCUCAUCGGUGCCAAAUCAUUCAUUGCCGGUGAUGACCGCCCAUUUGAUUUUGCGGGGCACGGAACACACACCUCAUCCACUGCCGCUGGGAACUUUGUUACCAAUGCGUCCUACCAUGGCGUAGGCAUGGGCACUGCUUCCGGAAUUGCUCCAGGUGCCCACAUCGCCAUGUACAAAGUGUGCACUGGGAUUGGCUGUGAAGAAUCUGCCAUAGUGGCUGGCCUGGACGCGGCCAUCAAGGAUGGGGUGGACGUGCUCUCGCUGUCCCUCGGCGGUCCCACCAGUGUGAGCUUCGACAAGGAUCCCAUCGCCAUCGGCGCGUUCAGCGCGAUAUCCAAGGGUAUCAUUGUGGUGUGCGCGGCUGGCAACCAUGGUCCCACUCCACGGUCGGUCAUCAACGACGCACCGUGGUUGCUCACGGUCGCUGCCGGCUCGGUGGAUCGGAGAUUCGACGCUGGUGUUCAUCUCGGCAAUGGGUUGCGCUUAAAUGGAGAAGCGCUUACCCAGGUGAAAAUGCCAACCUCAAAGUCGUAUCCUCUCCUCUACUCCGAGGAAAAUCGUUUCUGCGGGAACCAGGAUCACGUUCCCAUCACCGGGAAAAUCGUGGUAUGCCAAGCCAUGACACCGAUGCCUCAGUAUUCAACCAUUCGCAGCAUAAUGGAUGCUGGAGCGGCCGGCGUGGUACUGUUCAAUGAUGAAGCCGAUGGCUACUCCAUUCUUCUUCAGGAUUACUACUCGAGAGUGGUGCAGGUGGCCACAGCUGAUGGCAUUGCUAUCACAGGUUAUGCGAAGUCGGCAGCGAGCAAAGCCGUGGCCACUUUCACAUACAACAACACAAUGAUUGGUGUUCAUCCAAACCCGAUCGUGGCGUCGUUCUCUUCACGGGGUCCAAGCCCUAUCUCCCCGGGCGUGCUCAAGCCGGACAUUCUGGCUCCCGGGCUCAACAUCCUCGCCGCAUGGCUGCAAGAACCAAAAUCUGCAUCGAGGCCUUUCAAUAUCAUAUCAGGUACAUCCAUGGCAACACCACAUCUCAGCGGUGUCGCGGCGCUCAUCAAAAGCUUGCAUCUCGACUGGUCACCGGCUGCCAUCAAGUCGGCCAUCCUGACAACGUCGGACACCUUCAACAACAUCGGUGGCCCGAUAUUGAAUGAGAGGCAUGGUAAAGCCGGUGCGUACGAUAGAGGCGCCGGCCAUGUGAACCCGGCGAGAGCCGCCGAUCCUGGUCUGGUGUACGAUCUCGGCGUAACUGAUUACGCGGGCUACAUCUGCUGGCUCCUUGGCAACAAAGGCUUGGUGACAAUCGUGCACAACUCGAGCUUGACCUGUGAGAAGCUGCCCAAGGUCAAGGACGUCCAGCUCAACUAUCCAACUAUAACUGUGCCAUUUAGAUCAACGCCGUUCAUCGUGAACCGAACAGUGACAAACGUUGGGCCAGCGACAUCGACAUACAGGGUGAAGGUGGACACGCCCAAGUCGAUGAUGGUGCGUGUUUCUCCGGAGACGCUGGUGUUCUCCAAGGCCCGGGAGAAGAAGACAUUUAGCGUGUCGGUCAGCAGCCACCACAUGGAUGAACAAGAAUCCAUGGAGGGAAGCCUGAGCUGGGUGUCCGAGAAACACGUGGUGAGGAGCCCGAUCGUCGUCGCCCUUCGAGUCGGCGGUCCUACUCCCCUGCGAUCACCAUGAAUGACAUUUGUGCUGUUAGGUUAGUGGAUGUUUUCAUCUGUCUCUGUUUAAUCAGAUCAAAUGUAUCGUCU